AUGGCUGGGGCUCAGCGGAGCCCCCCGGCCCCCGGCGGCCCCCCCGGCCGGCCCGGGGGGCGCAUGGCGGGCAGGGACCCCGAGCUGCCCGGAGCCGGCCCCGCGCUCUGCCGCCCGUUCUUCUCCCUCGGCGAUGCCGGAGCAGACGUCACCGGCUCCAAACCGUGGAAUGAGUCCGAUGGGUCGCGGCUGGAGCUGCGUGUCCGGGAGCCCCCGGCCCCACCAUCCGUGACCCCCCCGUCCCCGCGGGUGCCGGGACCGCGGCGGUGCCGGUGUUCCGAACCGCUCCCGCCCGUGGGUACUGGGGACUCGGAGCGGCUCCCGCGGCUCGGAGCGGGUGCCGGAGCCACCCUUCGGUGCCGGUGCCGCCGGCGGGUGCGGGGCUCGGAGCGGCUCCUGUGCUCGGGGGUCCCGGGGGGCGGCGGGGCCGAGCUGUGCCCGCGGCACCGCUGCGCGCUGGAGCCCAAAGCGGCGGCGGGCUGGGGAGCGGCGGCGCAGAGCGGGCUGGAGCUGCAGCUGGCGGCGCUGGGGCUGCGCCCGCCGGGGCUGGGGGCCAAGGGGGCGGCGGGCGCGGCGGGCACCCCCUGCCCGUGCCUCGGGCCGCCCGCCGGCGAGGAGACCAGCGAUGCGCUGCUGGUGCUCGAGGCGCUGGAGCCCGACGAGGGCGGCAGCGGCUCCGAGGACGAGCCGGGGUCCCCCGGGCGCGGGGCCACCCGUGCCGCCGGUAGAACGGCAGCCGCCGGCCCCGCGCCGCCGCCCGCGGGCACCGGCACCGGCAGCGGCAGGAAGGGCUCGCUCCGCAUCCGCCUCAGCCGCCUCUUCCGCACCAAGAGCUGCAGCGGCGGCUCGGCCACCGGGGACGCCGCCAGCGCCGCCGCCUCGGCCGGGAGCCUGACGGAUGUGUGCGGGGCCCGCGGCCGGGAGCAGGAGCCGGGCAGGAAACACAGACUGACAAGAACCCAAAGUGCCUUUUCCCCGGUUGUGUUCAGCCCCCUCUUCACAGGUGAGACGGUGUCGCUGGUGGACGUGGACAUUUCCCAGCGAGGGCUCAGCUCCCCUCACCCUCCGACCCCUCCGCCGCCGCCGCGCCGCAGCCUCAGCCUGCUCGAUGAUUUCGGCGGGGCGCUGCCUCCGGCUGUGCUGGUGGGGCCCGUGGGCUCUUCCCUGCAAUCCUUCCCGCUGCCUCCGCCGCCUCCGCCCCACGCCCCAGACGCCUUUCCCCGGAUCGUGCCCCUGCGGCCCCCGGAGGCGCCGGGCCAGCCGCCCCCGCCACACCUGCAGUGUCCCCAGCCACACCUGCAGUGUCCCCAGCCACACCUGCAGUGUCCCCAGCCACACCUGCAGUGUCCCCCGCCACACCUGCAGUGUCCCCGGGCCCGGCCCGACCCCAGCAGCUUCGCCGCCAGCCUGAGGGAGCUGGAGAAGUGCGGGUGGUACUGGGGCCCCAUGAACUGGGAGGACGCCGAGAUGAAGCUGAAGGGGAAACCCGACGGCUCCUUCCUGGUGCGGGACAGCUCCGACCCCCGCUACAUCCUGAGCCUGAGCUUCCGCUCGCAGGGCAUCACGCACCACACGCGCAUGGAGCACUACCGAGGGACCUUCAGCCUGUGGUGCCACCCCAAGUUCGAGGACCGCUGCCAGUCCGUGGUGGAGUUCAUCAAGAGGGCGAUCAUGCACUCCAAAAAUGGGAAAUUCCUCUACUUCCUGCGCUCCCGGGUCCCAGGUCUCCCUCCGACGCCCGUGCAGCUCCUGUAUCCCGUCUCCAGGUUCAGCAACGUCAAAUCCCUGCAGCACCUCUGCCGCUUCCGCAUCCGGCAGCUGGUCCGGAUCGACCACAUUCCCGAGCUCCCGCUGCCCAAGCCCCUGAUCUCCUACAUCCGCAAGUUCUACUACUACGACCCGCAGGAGGAGCAGUACCUGUCCCUCAAGGAGGCGCAGCUCAUCUCCCGGCAGAGGCAGGAGCCCCAAUCCUCCGCGGAAUCCUCCACGUAGCGGGGCCGGAGCCGCCGGCGCUGACGGAAUUUUGUUGUUGCCCUCCUGCCGUGGUGGGGAGGAGGCCGAGCUCCUGCUGCUGCUGCUGCUCUUUUCCCUGGAGGAGAGGGCCCAGCAUUCCCAGGAAAGCCAGCAGAGCAGGAUCUGGAGCCCCGGCUCCUGGGAAAAGGAAUCCUGGGGGAGCCCAGCCCGGCCCCGCGGGGUCCCCGCGGAACAGAGAAUGUCGUGGCACUAUUCCCAAGUUCUCCUGGAAGUUUUCAGUUUGGAUGUCUCUGGAUUUUUUAUUUUUAAAUUUUUUUUUUUUUUUUGGGAUUUUCAGCAUGAGGAAAAACUGGAUUUUCGGAUCCCGCCGGAUUUUUCGAUCCCACCUUGGGAAUUUCAAGGCGGGGGAGAGGAAAAGAGGGGAAACAAAGGGGGAAUUUUGUGGGAAGAUCCAUCUGCUCCGAGGCGUGGUGGCCAGGCUUUGAUCCUCGCUGGAGAGCUGCAGACGGAGCCGGGGGAUGGAAGAGCCCUGGGAAUAACCCCUGGGAAUAAAGGAAGUGUGGAGCUCGGGGCGGCUCCACAGCUCCCCCGCUUCCCGGGAUUCGGGCAGAGAGAUCCAAACCCUCCAGGACCGGCUGGAGCAUCCUGGGAAAAGCUGGGAGCCGUGGAAGGAGGGAGGAGCGUGGGAUGAGCUGGAUCCAGAGGGAACGUUGCUGGAAGAUUCCCCUGGAGCCCUGGGAAGGUGGAGAAGCUGCUGCUGGAAUUGCUGGAGCUGCCCCUGGAUCCUGCAGGGGUCCCAGCCUCGGGGUGGGCGCUCCCGGCCUGUCCCUGGUGGAUUCCAGAGGCUGGGAAGGGAGUGGUUCCCUCUGGAGGAUCCUCCCGGAGCAGCUCCCUCCUCUCCCUGGGACAUCAGGAGCAGCAGAUCCAGGGGAGUUUUGGCUCUUUCCCUGAUUUUGGGCACGAAUUCCCUCCCUCUCCCCUUGGGAUCCCGGGCUGCUGCUCCAUCCCCUGCGCAGGAAUUCCGCGGGGGAGCUUCCAGCUGGGAAUUCUGGAGAGUUCCUCCCUGCUGUGUUUCAAGGAGCAGCAUUCC